GGGUACGGUACGGACUACGGAAAAGGCCUCGUUUUAAGGCGCAACAUGACGGUUAUUUCUCAAAACAACAACUCUCACCUCACCUUCACCAACAUCCACCGUCAUGUCUUCUCUCCGGCGAUCUACUCCGUCCAUCCACCGCCACAUCCGAUCACUCUCCUCUGCAUCCUCUUCGUUUAUCGCCGCACCAAUCACCACCACCACCACCGGUUCCAAUUCCAAUUCCUACAACCAAAACCCUAACUUAUUACGGUGGAUUUCCGCCGCCGUCGCCGGCACCGGAAUCGGCGUCGGAGUAUCUCUUUACUGGUGUUAUCCUUCGGAAUCUUCUACGCAUGCGGUUAAAUCGGUUAUGAGCUUUGCUGAUUGGUUGACCGCAACCGUUGACGAUGUGAAGAAGUCGUACGAAGGUCAAAGUUUGUCAAGUUCUAACUUCUUCAUUAGAGAUGCGUUGAGGAGAAGGAUCUUCUUCAACUAUGAGAAAAGAUUGAGGUCGUUAAGUCCGCCUGAAAAGGUCUUUGAGUAUUUUGCAUCAGUCAAGAAUAGUGAAGGGGAAACUCUUAUGACACCUGGAGAUUUGAUGCGUGCUAUUGUUCCUGUUUUCCCUCCGUCUGAGUCGAACCUUGUAAGAGAAGGAUAUCUUAGAGGAGAAAGGCUGCCAGGGGAGUUGCAUUGUGCACCUUCACAAUUUUUCAUGCUUUUUGAUGUAAACAACGAUGGCCGCAUAUCCUUUAAAGAGUAUAUAUUUUUUGUUACAGUACUCGCCAUACCUGAGUCCAGCUUUUCAGUGGCUUUCAAAAUGUUUGACAUUGACAAUGAUGGAGAGAUAGAUAGAGAAGAAUUUAAAAAAGUAAUGGCGUUGAUGCGAAGUCAUAAUAGACAAGGGUCUUUUAAUAAGAGGGGACAUCGCACUGGACUUAGGAUUGGAGAUCGUGUAGAAAAUGGAGGACUGGUGCACUACUUCUUUGGUGAAGAUGGCAACCAGCGACUGCAUCAUGAUAAAUUUGUUCAGUUUUUAAGGGAUCUCCAUGAUGAGAUGAUAGGGUUGGAGUUCUCGCAUUAUGAUUUCAAUUCGAGUGGUGCAAUACCAGCCAAAGAUUUUAUGUUGUCAAUGGUUGCAUCUGGUGAUAUACGUCAUAUGAACAAAUUGCUUGACCGUGUGGAUGAAAUAGAUAAGGAGCCUGAUCUUAAAGAUAUACGCAUUACGUUUGAGGAAUUCAAAAACUUUGCAGAAUUACGUAAAAAAUUGCAGCCGUUUUCUCUAGCCCUUUUCAGCUAUGGGCAAGUCAAUGGGUUCUUGACAAGAAAUGAUUUUCAACGAGCAGCUUCCCAUGUAUGCGGUGUAUCACUGAGUGACAAUGUAAUAGAGCUGAUAUUUCACCUAUUUGAUGCAAAUCAAGAUGGUCAUUUAUGUUCCGAUGAGUUUUUACGCGUUAUGCAUAGACGAGAAAAAGAAACGGCUCAACUCACUAACUCAGGAAUCAUGAAGGUGUACUAAGCAAACACUCCAUUUUGAAGAUAUACACAGCACAAGCCAUAUGUAGUUAAUUUCUGCUGGUUUUCAAACCCGAGAAUUUGGCAGGCAUUUGUGUAGUUCAUCGUUUGGUAUUGUAUCUUCUAUUCUUCUAUUAUGUCACUCAAAACUCCAACUAGAAAUGUAUAGUCGGAUAAGUUGUUACUUGCUAUAAUAUGUCGCCUGUGUGAUAUUUAGACUUGCUAGUGGCAGGACUUGAGAAUCUU